AUGAAGUUCUUGUCAGUUUUUAGUCUUUCUUUAACCGUCGCUGCUUGUAAAAGCACGCCUCCACCAGCCAAGUCGGCCAAGGUGGAUGUUCAUUCGCAUUUUGUUCCGGAUUUCUAUGCUGAGGCUUUGAAGGAGGCUGGCCAUGUUCCUGGUCCCGAUGGAAUGCCCGGUACUCCCAGCUGGGAUGCCGAGUCUCAUCUGGAGUUCAUGAAGGAGAACAACAUUGAGCGAUCCAUUCUCUCAAUUUCCAGCCCUGGUGUCUAUCUCACUGUUCCUUCCAAAGAUGCUACCAAGAAGGCCAUUGACCUCGCCCGCAAGGUCAACGAUUACGGAUCUGAGGUCAAGGCAAAGUACCCUAAGGAAUUUGGGUUCUUUGCGUCUCUCCCUCUGCCCGAUAUCGAGGCAUCGCUGAAAGAGAUCGAGCACUGUUUCAACGAGCUUGACCCCAAGCCUGACGGCGUCGUCAUGAUGUCUAACUACUACGGUCUUUACCUUGGUGAUCGCGAUCUCGAGCCUAUUUACGAGGCACUGAAUGAGUACAAUGUUACAAUCUUUGAACAUCCCACCACUCCCUGCACCCAAUUCAACGGUCUCCGAUUUGACAUCGACAAGGACGCGCCGGCCAUUUCCCAACAGCAGUGGCAAGCCCUCAACCGUCCCCUCGCCGUCCGUCAAUUCGCCGCUCCCACACUGGACUUCCCCUUCGAAACAGCCCGCGCAUUCGCAGAUCUCUUCUACACCAGCAUGCCCACAAAGUUCCCCAAUCUCAAGUGGAUCAUGUCGCACGCCGGUGGUGGUCUCAUCCCCACUCUCGACCGCAUCAUCACCUACAGCUCUCUCUACCCUGGCCUGAAUCUUACCGAGGAGUCUCUGAAGGAGACGCUUUCCACCAACUUCUUUUUCGAUUUGGCAGGACCUUGGCCCGUGAACUUUGCCAUUCCUUCUUUGUUGCGCUGGGUGGAUUAUACCAGGAUUGUUUGGGGAUCGGAUUAUGUUUUUACGCCCGCGAAGACCGCGGCUAAGUAUGCUGCUGCUUUUGAUGAGCAGGUUGAUGGCGCGUUGGGUGAUGUUGUUAAGGGAAAUGCUGUGCGCGCGGGUAAUGCCCGAAAGCUCUUUGGGUAA